GAGAAAUGAAAUGGAGAAGUUUUCGUGUUUGGAUGUGAGCUUGUGUGGUGCGGAUUGUCGGCGCGUAGUGCUGCAGCUGGUGGUGGCGCUGUUGCUGGCGAGCGCCGCACGGACUGUUGACAUGGAGGAGUUUAUCAGUGACUUAGAUCUACCAGUGCCCACGGUGCACGUGCAGGGCGUGGUGGGCAAGAAGGCUGCUCUACCGUGCGACACGCAGCCGCUCUCCGCGGACGACCAGGUUGCCAUGGUGCUGUGGUUCAAAGAAUCUGACGGAGAACCUCUUUACAGCUACGACGUGCGAGGGCGAGCACUGACGCAGCCCAAGCUAUGGUCGUCGCCGUCUGGCUUCGGGGCGCGUGCGUUCUUCCGCGCGGCCGCCGUCCCCGCAACAUUGCUGCUCGACAAUGUGUUCACCAGCGACGCCGGCGUCUACCGCUGCAGAGUCGACUUCAAGAAUUCACCUACCAGAAAUUUAAGGCUAAAUUUCACUGUUAUCACGCCACCGGACCGGCCGAUCAUCAUUGACGCUAAGACCAGAGACCAGACGCGUCUCCUGGAGCCCUAUGAUGAGGGCGACACACUCGAACUCAUCUGUGAAGUGCAUGGAGGCGAUCCAAAGCCACGUUUGACGUGGUACUUGGAGAAUACGGUGAUCGACGACUCAUACGAGCUGCAGAGCGGCGGCGUGACCGUGAACACACUCACCUUUCCCAGCAUCGGCCGACAGCACCUAAACGCGCGGCUCAUCUGCCAGGCUUCCAACACCAAUUUAGCUCCGCCUCAGACAAAGUUGCUCAUCUUGGAAAUCAAUUUAAAGCCUCUGACGGUGCAAAUCCUGAACAAGAGCCGGCAGCUAUCGGCCGACAGGAGCUACGAGGUGGAGUGCAAGGCGACCGGCUCUCGGCCCGAGGCACAGGUCACCUGGUGGAAAGGAUCGCGCCCGCUUCGGAGAAACGCUAAAACGUUUUCUGACACAAACGCGACACUGAGCGUGCUGACGUUUGUACCGGAGGCGGAGGACCACGAGCGAAGCCUGGUGUGUCGCGCUGAGAACCCGCGCCUCACCUCCGCAUUGCUGGAGGACUAUUGGAAGCUCAAUGUACAUUAUGUACCGAUAGUGACAUUAAAAAUGGGCUCCACUCUAAAUCCGGGCCACAUUAAGGAGGGUGAAGAUGUUUAUUUUGAAUGCAACGUGAAGGCGAACCCAAAAGCGACCAAACUAUCGUGGUACAAGGGGCCCACCGCCUUCGUGUGGACUCUUACCACCUCUGCGGGACACACGGAGCUGCAGCCCAGUCUGUACACGAUGUACAACUUCUCGUCCGUGCUGCGCUACACGCCGCUCUCCAACAUGGAUUACGGAACUAUUUCAUGUUUCGCGGUGAACGCGGCCGGCCGCCAGGACACGCCCUGUCUCUACAAGAUUGUUCCCGCAGAUCGUCCGGCCAGUCUACAGAACUGUUCGAUUGUGAACCAGAGCUCCGAGGGCUUGGCCGUGGAGUGCGCGGAAGGCUUCGAUGGAGGAUUGCCUCAGAUAUUCUACAUGGAAGUGCUAGAGUUACCUUCGCUUGUGGUCCGAGCGAACGUGAGUUCAAACUUCACGGCGAGUUUCGAAGUGCUAGGGGUGGACAGUAGAGUGAGCUACAUACUGAACUUGUACUCCGCCAAUGCGAAGGGCCGGAGCGAAAUGGUCACUUUGUACACGAUUGCGUUGAGAUCUCCCGAUAAAUAUACUGCAAAAACUAUAAUCGCCAUGGGCGUUGCCAACCGCUGGCCAAGGCUAUGUCUAGCCUGGAUCGCCAGAGAAUCGGAAAUACCCCCUUUCUAG